UUUUACAAAAUAAAAAUAAACGAGAAACAAUAUCUAGGGUUUCUCUUCCCUUCUUUCUUUCUCUUUCGCAUUCUCUUCCAAAUUCAUAAGCCAUGGAAUCUCCCGGUAACGAGCAUGUGGUAGGCGGCGCCGAACCCAACGACGUCGUCACAACAUUUUCUCACAGAGAAGAACCCCACAAUUCUCAACCCCUCACCGGCGAUGGUGCCAGUCCCGGAAAGAUAUUUAUAGGUGGUUUAGCGAGAGAAACGACAAUGGAUCAAUUUAUCAAGCACUUUGGUAAAUAUGGUGAGAUAACGGAUUCAGUUAUCAUGAAGGACAGGAAAACUGGGCAACCUCGAGGAUUUGGGUUUAUAACUUACGCGGAUCCCUCGGUGGUCGAUAAAGUCAUUGAGGAUCCUCAUAUCAUCAAUGGCAAACAAGUUGAGAUUAAGCGGACGAUACCAAGGGGAGCUGUUGGCUCUAAGGAUUUUAGGACAAAGAAAAUUUUUGUAGGUGGAAUUCCUUCAAAUGUGACUGAAGAUGAAUUUAGAGACUUCUUUACUCGCUAUGGAGAAGUCAAAGAUCACCAAAUAAUGCGGGACCACUCCACCAAUCGAUCUCGUGGCUUUGGGUUUAUCACAUUUGACACUGAAGAAGCUGUUGAUGAUCUUCUAUCCAUGGGGAACAAAAUUGAAUUUGCUGGAGCUCAGGUGGAAAUCAAGAAGGCUGAACCAAAGAAGCCAAACUCAGCACCUCCACCAUCCAAGCGCUAUAAUGACUCGAGGUCUUCAUACGGUGGUGGUGGAUAUGGAGAUGCUUAUGAUGGAUUUAGUGGAAGCUUUGGAGUUGGGGGUGGCUAUAGGUCAGGCGGUGCUUAUGGUGGUGGUAGGGGCAGUGCUUAUGGUGCCUAUGGAAGUGAAUUUGGUGGAUAUGGAGGAUAUGCUGGUGCGAUGGCGCCGUAUCGAGGAGAUCCAUCCCUUGGCUAUACUGGUCGUUAUGGUGGAAGCUUUAGCCGAGGGUAUGAUCUUGGUGGGUAUGGUGGACCGAGUGAGAAUUAUGGCGCAUAUGGUGCAGGUGGUGGUUCUUCUGGCGGUGCUGGUGCCUAUCAAAGUGGCUAUGAUGGCAACAUAGGGGGUGGAUAUGGAGGGGCUAGUGGAGGCCCCUUCUAUGGAAGCAGUAGAGGAGGAUACAAUGCUGGUGGUAGAUACCAUCCUUAUGGAAGAUAAGAUUGGAAAGCAAGCAUUUGUAGUCUAGGACUAAUGUGUCUAGCAUCAAAGCAAGUUUGUAGUUUGUGUUUGGUUCAUCAGUUAGAUUACAUACUCUCUUUUGAAAAAUGAAUUGUCAGGGUUACUUUCAUCUAUCAGCACACUCAUUUCUUGAAUUCCAAAGCCCCCCUUUUAAGUCUUUUUUGGUUGAUGUAAGAACUGCAAAUUGUGCAGAUGGUUGUAUUCUCAAUCUUGUUUAUUUGAUGCUUGUAAUGCUUCUUACUGAA